GACUUCGUCCAAGUGGAAAUUGUAUGGCCAAUGUCCGUUGAGGCCGCGUGAAAAAAGGAUAUAAAGCUUCGAGAUCGAACCGACUCUAUUCCGACUGUGCAUUCCAGCAUCACACAACUCAUUCACAUACUACACUUGAAUAAACCAAUAACUGCGAGAUCAAUCGAGUCACAGCUUCUGAAUAUAUCUGCUCAGUUUUGAAAAGAAAACAACUGCUCAAAAUGCCCGCCGAAACGACCAUCUCGACCAUCAUCCCAGCCAGCACCAGCCCCGAGUCUGUCCUCAAAGCCCUGCACGACCACGAGUGCUACAUCCGUAUUACCUGCCCGCAGCUCAUCUCGUACAAGCACAUCUCCGGGACCCCCAAUCAGUUGAACGAGUCGUGCCUCUACGAGGUGACCGACAAGAAACCCAUCGGGCAGACCACCUUCAAGCUAACGCUGACAAACCGCGAUGAUGGCAUCGAGGCCAACGUCGACGGCAAGGCCCCCACGGGGGCCCUCAAUAUCAUCUCAAAAUGGGUCGUCUCGGGCAACAAGCUUGAUGAAGUUGUGACGAUUGAUAGCAAUAUGUUGAUGAAGAAGAUGAUAAAGGGGAAUGUGGAGAAGAGUCACCCUGAGCAGCACCAGGGAUUCUAUGCCGCUGCGGCUCAGGCUUGA